UAUGUAAUAGUAAUCUGUGUUUCUUUAUUGAGCAGCUUCAAAUUAGCGGAAAUGAUGGAUAAUGCUGUUCUGGUGCUCCCUGCCCUACUGGCACCACGUGCACCCUCUCCACGUAGUAGACUAGUAGUAGUUCCGCUUUUGUCUCCACGUGAUUUUCCCUCUCUUUUCGCUUCUUGGCUAACCAAAUACAUUCUACUAAAUAUAAUGUCCCCCCCCCAUUUCUUUAUUUCUUUGCUUUCUUCUUCAAAUUAACUGCCUUUCAAUCAUUUAUUGCUUCACCCACUCCCCUCAUUUAAUCAUUGUCUCUCACCCCUAGCUACUACUUAAUUCUACAUUUACUUCCAUCUACGUUCCCGUUCAUCUACUCCUUCUUUUCCGUUUACUCUACCAGCUGUUUGAUUCUUUUUUUCCUCAGUAAGAUAGCUGCUAUAUUAUACAGUUUCUGAUAUUUUGUGGGGUUUUCUUGCUGGAGAGGAAUCACUCUAUCCCAUUUUUGGCCAUCUGGGUAUUGCUAUUCAGAUGAUGAAGGUGGCUGUUAUUACUAGUAAUUGAUGCCUUUGUAGUUUAGCUCAGUGGAAGAAAAAGGAUGGGCACAAAGUUCCUAUUUUUGUCAGUUUUAUUCUGGUCAGCUCUGUUUUGGAUUGCAAACAGUGAACCAUACGAAGACAGACAAGCACUUCUUGAUUUUCUUGAUAAUGUUAACCACUCGCGCUAUCUGAAUUGGGAUUACAGAACUUCUGCUUGCAGUUCUUGGACUGGAGUUACUUGUAAUCAUGACCAAUCAAGAAUUAUAGCAAUCAGGUUGCCUGGAGUUGGAUUUCGUGGUUCGAUUCCUGUAAACACUCUUAGCCGUUUGUCUGCUCUUCAGAUCUUGAGUUUAAGGUCUAAUAGUCUUAGUGGUUCUAUCCCUUCUGAUUUUGCAAACCUUGGAAAUCUUACUUCUGUCUAUCUUCAAUUCAAUAACUUUAAUGGUCCAUUGCCUGCUGAUUUUUCUGCUUGGAGAAGCCUUUCGGUUUUGAAUUUGUCGAAUAAUGAUUUUAGUGGGAGUAUACCUUCUUCGAUUGCAAACUUGACUCAUUUGACCGCUCUGGUUCUUGCUAAUAACUCACUCUCUGGCAGUAUUCCUGAUAUCAAUCUCCCUAGUUUGCAAGUAUUAGAUCUAUCCAACAAUAACUUCACUGGAAGUGUCCCCAAUUCUCUUCAAAGAUUUCCUGGUUCAGCUUUUGCUGGUAACCCGAUUUCUCCUGCUAAUUUUUCGCCUUCAUUUCCUCCAGUUCCUCCUCCAAGUGUCCCAUCAAAAAAGAAAUCAUUUAAACUACAUGAACCUGCAAUUCUUGGGAUCGUAAUUGGAGGAUGUGUUUUAGGUUUCUUGGUAAUAGCUGCAGUGCUUAUUACGCGCUAUUCCAAGAAAGAGGGUAAAAAUGGAGACACAGAGAAAUCAUUCAAGAAAGAAGCAACAGUUAGUAGGAAGGGAGCUUCCAGCAGUCAGCAUGGAGAAGGGAAUCUUGCAUUCUUUGAGGGUUGUAAUCUUGCAUUUGACCUUGAAGAUCUGUUGAGAGCUUCAGCGGAAGUGCUUGGAAAGGGAACAUUUGGCACUACGUAUAAGGCAGCUUUGGAAGAUUCUACUACAGUUGUGGUGAAGAGGUUGAAGGAGAGUGUCGGAAGAAAAGAUUUUGAGCAGCAGAUGCAGGUUGUUGGCAAUAUCAGGCACGAGAACGUGGCUCCACUGAGGGCAUACUAUUAUUCCAAGGAUGAGAAGCUCAUGGUGUACGAUUUCUACAGCCAAGGAAGUGCAUCUUUGAUGCUGCAUGCAAAGAGGUCUGCUGAUCGUAUUCCUCUUGACUGGGAAACCCGACUACGAAUUGCCAUUGGUGCAGCUAGAGGCAUUGCUCAUAUACACGGAUACUCUGGAGGAAAACUUGUCCAUGGGAACAUAAAAUCCUCAAACAUAUUCCUCAACUCCCAAGGGUUCGGUUGUAUAUCUGAUCUUGGCUUGGCAACUAUAAUGAGUCCAAUUGUACCACCAGUCAUGCGAGCGGCAGGUUAUCAACCUCCAGAAGUUACAGAUUCAAGAAAAGUGUCUCAAUCCACUGAUGUCUACAGCUUUGGCGUCCUAUUGCUUGAACUUCUCACUGGAAAGUCACCUAUACAUGCCACAGGUACUAAUGAGGUUGUCCAUUUAGUCAGAUGGGUCCAUUCUGUCGUUCGUGAGGAGUGGACUGCUGAAGUAUUCGAUGUGGAGCUUUUGAGGUAUCCUAAUAUAGAAGAAGAAAUGGUAGAGAUGUUACAAAUAGGUUUGACUUGUGUAUCCAGAAUGCCGGAGCAGAGACCAAAAAUGGCUGAAGUAGUAAAGAUGGUAGAGGGUAUUAGGAGAGUGAAUACAGGUACUCGGCCAUCCACUGAAGCUUCUACACCGAACCUGACACCACCGAUGACUGAAAUAGGGUCGUCUUCUGUUACACACUGAUAUUUCAGAGUUCUUUAGAAAUUAGUUACUGUUCUGUAUCCUCAAUUGUUUCAUUGUUACGAGUUUAAAGACAUAGCUGGUAAUUCUUUGAGCAUUUUGCAUCUUAGACUUCCCUUUUUGAGCUUCUGCUAAGUUUUUCAGUGAGCAAAUUGAAUAGUGAUGCUGAAUAUUAGUCUCUCUACUUCUUCU